GAAUGAGCGCGCUGGAGGAAGGACGCGGGGAGGUGGGCGUACCACGGGGAGGGGGCGCGGGAUGUGCACGGCGCGCGGGGUUUGCCGCGGGAGGGAAGGAGCGCUCGCCGGGCUGACGUGGGUCCGCAACGCCGUACUCGCGACAAACUACCCAGGAGCGAAGAGACGACUCUCCAAGGAUGGGGCCAUCAGCACUGCGGCCCUGGCGGGUCCCUUGGGAGGAUCUCCAAAGAUGCCGAUCUAGGCAGGAGGUGGAUCAGAAGUCCUUGUGGGCCCACCCCCGCCCGAGGGCCUGGGCUCCGGGGAACCGAGGCAAGUUUUCUCUCUGUGCUAUGGGAGAUGUCAAAGAAUCAAAAAUGCAAAUAACACCUGAAACUCCAGGAAGAAUUCCUGUUAAAUCCUUUUGAAAGUCUGGUGAUUAUUCUAAUCUCCACGAACAAACUGUCUCCAGUCCUUCUGUUUUUAAAUCGACAAAAUUACCAACUCCAGGGGAAUUUAGAUGGUCUAUUGAUCAACUAGCCGUAAUAAAUCCUGUAGAAAUAGACCCAGAAGACAUUCAUCGUCAAGCUUUAUACUUAAGUCGUUCUCGAAUAGAUAAAGAUGUGGAAGACCAAAGACAAAAAGCCAUUGAAGAGUUUUUCACUAAGGAUGUCAUCGUACCCUCUCCUUGGACUGAUCAUGAAGGGAAGCAGCUUUCAGAGUAUGAUUCCAGUAAAUGUAUUAACAUCAAUAAUGAAUCUCCAAUUGGAAGAAAGCUGACCAUACAUUCUGAGACAAGCAAUGCUGCUUGCCAGACAUUGCUGUCUCUUCCUGUGGAUUUUAAUUUAGAAAAGGUAUUAGGUGACUAUUUUAGAGCUGAUGAAUUUGCAGAUCAAUCUCCUGGAAACCUCAGUUCUUCAUCCCUCAGAAGAAAGCUCUUUUUAGAUGGCAACGGAAGUAUCUCUGACUCCUUACCUCCAGCUUCUCCCAGAAGUCCUCGUAGUGGUGCUGAAGCAUCACUUGAGGUUUUUUAUUCAAUAGGUUUAUCUCCUGUGCAGUGUAGGAGCCCUGUGCAGACCCCGAGUUCGGGGCAGUUUUCUUCUAGCCCUAUUCAGGGUAGUGCAAAAAAAUACAGUUUGGGAAGCAUAACCAGUCCUUCACCUAUUUCUUCACCCACUUUCUCACCAAUUGAAUUUCAAAUAGGAAAGACACCACUCUCAGAGCAAAGGAAGUUAACUUUCCAUUCUCCUGAUGCUUCGUCUGGAACAAAUUCUCAUGGAAUUACCAAUCCGUGUAUCAGAAGUCCUUAUAUAGAUGGUUGCUCACCAAUUAAAAAUUGGUCUCCUAUGAGACUUGAGAUGUGUACAGGGGGUGCUAAGUAUCGGCCCGCACUGAUUCGGGUACCUUUUGCUCUCGAGGCUCACAGCGAAGAUGAAGAAGACAAGGCAGAUGUUCCUUCCACAGACGCCUCCUCCCUCGCCACGGGCACGGCUGGAGUCCACCUGCCGCAGCUGGAUGGUGACGUUUGUCCACACGGCGCGCACUUGGUAGUGACCGCCAUGUCUAUUACCCAGAACCAGUCCGGUGCUUCUGAGAAAGAAUUGGCACUGCUGCAGGAUGUGGAAAGUGAGAAGGAGAAUAACACUGUGGAUAUGGUCGAUCCCAUAGAGAUAGCAGAUGAGACCACUUGGAUUAAGGAGCCCGUUGAUAAUAGGAGUUUACCCAUGACUGACUUUGUGAGUGGGAUCGCCUUCAGUAUUGAAAACUCUCACAUGUGCAUGUCACCUCUCGCAGAAAGCAGUGUCAUUCCUUGUGAAAGCAGUAACAUUCAGAUGGAUAGUGGCUAUAAUACACAGACUUGUGGAAGCAAUAUUAUGGAUACGGUUGGAGCAGAAAGUUACUGCAAAGAAAGUGAUGCACAAACCUUGGAAGUCGAGACUAAAUCUCAAGUUUUUAAUAUAAAGCAAGACCACUCGAUGCAAAGGUGUUGGAUGAAAAUUGCAAAUCGUCCUCAAUGCAGCAGCCCAUAGAGUACCUCUCUCAGAACCAAAGACUCCAACUGGACAGCUCCACGUAUUCUUCAUGCGUGGGAUCCAUAAUGUGAUCAUGAUUGGGAGGAAACUGCUUCAACUAACAUGCUGAGCUUCUUUUCUUUCCCUCCUUAAUGUGAAAAAUCAAGGGCUUAAUUUAGUGACAACAGAAAAGCUCCUGGAACUUUCAAGAAGUUACUGAAGUACAAGUUCAUUUUUUAUCAAUAAAUAUUUUUGUACUGACCUUGAGUGAUGUGUUUGUUAAACAAAAAACUUGAGUGAUAACUUUGCUCCUGCCCUACAGGGUCAAUGAACUGCUUCUUAGCGAGCCUUACUGACAGCACUGAGUUUAGCAGAAGUUCUGGGAACAUGUGGAACUGUGAAGGUGCUAUGUUUUAUUUUACUUAAAAGUAUGUGAAUGUACAGAUGAAUUCAAAUUUAUAACCUUUGUGAAAGAAAUAAAUUUGAGUUAGAAAGGGAACUUAAUCGAAGAGGUAGGAGGUUAAGCAGGUUUCCAACAUUUUUCAUGCUUGAACUGUUUGUUCAUUUCAGUGUAGAAAUUCUUAGUUCCAGCGAUAACUGGUCUAAAAAAUGUAGAUCUUACUAUCACGUAUUGUUAUUAUUAGUGGGGUUAAUGUGGGAUGCCCAGAAUGUAUCUAUCUAUCUCCAUCCCUAGGGUAGGGACAUUCUUUCCAGCUCACAUUUGGUACGGAGAGGAGUUAGUUAAGAACACAGGAGAACCAGGAUAAAACUGGGGGGGGUUCCCAUAGAGCUUUAUUUAGGCUUAUGAAGCUAGGGUUGGACAGACACGUAACUAAUUUUUUAAAAUUAAAUAAAUACACAUAUUCAUGUUGGGAGUAGAAUGGGUAAAUAAUUUUGGGGGAAAAUAUUCUUUACCUUUGGAGAAUGUAUACUCAUAUUUUACAAAUUACCUUUUAAAAACUGUCUCAUUCAGGAGGGAAUAAUUCAUACGUAGCCCUAGGAAAUAAAGACAUACUAUCACUGUGUCACGUCCUUCCUUACUUUUGUGCAACUUGUAAGCUUCCUGCCAACCUGCAAGACUUAUUUCUUGCUGCAUACCUGGCUCAUCCUCCCCUCCGUACACUAAACAUUAAAGCCAUUAGCCACUAGGUCCAUUGCUAAAGAUUAGUGCAUUAGGAAGCUGAGUCCUUAAUCACAGGCUUUAGAAUUAAUAGGAGCUUAAAACAAUUGUUGUACAUAAGAGGAAUUCUAGAUCCUAAGGGUAGGUGCUUCCCUGGCUGUGUUUUUUUAAUAGCAAAACUCAAGAAACAAAGAACAAAGUUGUGAUUGUAACUUGGAUUCAAAUCCUCCUCUGUCACUUAUGACCCAAAAUAGGCCAUAAACCAUCAAUCUCCCACCGGUUAAAUGGGGAUAAUAGUCCUUACCAAACAGGGCUUUUUAAAUGAAAUAUUUCAUGUCAGCUGCUUAGCAUAAGAAGUGGUAUUCGAAGCAUUUUAGAUUAGCAAGGAAGAGGCUUCAGGGUGAAAAUCAGGUUUCUGGUCAUCUUGAACUACUCAGUAGGGACCAGAGCCUGAAGCAGGCCUUCUUCAUAGAAGAGGCGGAAGAAAACAAACCUGGAAAGACAGACAUGUGAGGUCCGCACAGCCUUGUUUUACGCAGAAGCCUCCCUUUUCCUCGACUGCAGGUAAACUAUGGCCCAUGUGCAAAGAAUUUUUAAAUGGCUGGGGGGAGAGGUGCAGCAUGGAAAUUGAAUUAAGUAGUAUUUUGUUAAACACACGAAAAUUAGGAAAUUAAUUCAAUUUCCCUGUCUGUAGACGAGGUCUCGUUGGAACGUAGCCACGCUCGUUUGUUUACACAUAGUCUGUAGCUGCUUUCGUUCUGUAAGAACAGAGGAGUGAGUGCAGAGCUACGGCUGCGACAGAAGCCACCCGGCUGGCACAGCCUGACACGCCUGGCCUUCACAGAAAAGGCUGGCCGACCGCUUUAGGUGUUUGUUAGUCCCCUCGAGGCUCUCCUUCUCCGACUGAAACAAGUUCUGCCUCAAUGUAUGGACGUUUUCCUCAGUGACAGGAAAUGGGACCAAUCAUUUUAAUUACUGAAGUGCCUGAAUGUACACGCUGGAACUAUUCUCACUCACUACACCUGCCGAUGUGUUCGCCGGUCACUUCUCACUGUACUGCAAGCUCCUUCAAGGCAGAGAUCGUUUACUUGACUGGUGAGGAACCUGGUACGGUGUCGGAACUGCAGAAAUUGAAUGAGCCAAGUAAAAUGUUUUAAGGUAUCUCUUAUCUCAAAAUAUUCUUGAAGACACCUAUUUUAUCAUUAAUAAUCUUUGUGGUUGACAAGGAAGUAGGCACGGGCACACCAAGUAGCAGUACUUCAAUCUGUUCCCUUUAAUGUGUUCAUACAACCCCUCCUUUCCUCCAUAAUCUGAUAUAUAUGCAAUUUAAAAGCCAUUGAUUGCCUCCUUCUUAUUUUAUAAGUAACAUGAUGUGAUGUUUAAAGUGCCAUCUCUAUUCUUUCUUUGAACCCUAAUGCCUUAUUUUCGGGGAGAUUAUUUGAGCUGAAGGUCAAGGACGAUGAUCACACUUACUAUCUGGUAU